UUAUAAAUAAAAAUUUUGUUUUGGGAUCUAAUUUUGCAAAUUAGGUUGCUAAAAAUGUUGUAUAUCGCAGGAUUUAAUUCAUCAUUAUUGUUCCUCUUAAGGCCUACAUAGUAUACAACAAUAAUUCAUCUUGUGUGAUUAUAGAGACAUAUUGUGAUUAUUGUAAAUAAUUGAAAAAUAAAUUAAAAUGGUUCAAACUGCUACAAAUGAAACUGAUUGCAAAGAUGAUAAUGGAAAUGUUGGAAAUGAUGAGAGUGGGGGGAGUAACACUGAUGAUAUUAAAAAUGAUGACAAUGAAGAUAGUGGAAGCGCUAGACUUUGUGCCAAGAAGAAAAACUGUUCAAAGAAGUUGAAACACUGUGGCCCUUGCGAUAAAAAACGCCUUGUUUUGACUCAUUUUUGGAAGAAGUCUUCUGUUCAUAUUGCACGCAACAUAAAGAAGUUAAAAAUACAACACCAGUCUUUGUCUGAACAAAAUGCAAAAAGAGUUUCUGAUAUGGUCCUCCUGAAUGCCAAUAUAGGUGAAAUGCAGAAAAAAGAGGUGGAGUGUCAAUCCAGUGUUGAAGACUUGAGGAAUGAGGUUCAAGAGAUUAGUGACAGAAAACAAUACCAAGAGGCGGAACUUAAAGAAUGCCAGGAGGAAUUUGAAAAGGUAAAAUUGCUGAUUGAGCAGAAAGGUUAUGCAAGGAAAAGACGUGAAAAUUUGCCAACAACAUCUGACAUGAUUAAUUCUUCCACACAUUCUGUAAAAUAUAGACGUCGGGAAGAGACGAAAAGUCUACUCGAAUAUAUUCAUGGUGGAAAAAUCGGUUCCCUUUAUGGUGCUUGGGACUACCUAAGAAGUACAGCAAGUAAGGAGCAAAUGGAGGAGUUCAUUUUAUCAUACAAGAGAGGAAAAUUCCUUGAAAAUCUUAUUGGAAAAUUCUCUGAACUUCAAUCUAGAAGUGAAGGUGGGAUUCGAAAGGCAGUGUUAACAAAGUAUUUUAAUUAUAUGUCACGAAGAAAGUACACAAUGCUUUGUAAGAUACAAAAACAUUCUUUCACAGAACAUUAUUCUUCAAGUAAUUUGAUUUCAUACGGCGAUCAUAACAUCUUGCUGAGAACAAGAUCUGUAUCUGAUAGGACAAUUGAUUCUUUUGUAAAAUCUUUGGAUAUAGGAGACAUCCAUCAUGUUGAAGGUGGGGUAUCACGUACAGUUACUGCUUUAGUAACAAUGAUUGCCGAUUUAAAUUUAAGAGUUAAGUCUUUAAAAGAUAAAUUACUUUGGUUCAAUGGUAAUACAAACCAUUUUGUCAUUGAAUUUGCAGAUGAUGGUGCACCAGAGUCGAAAGACAAAACAAUGACAAUUGCCACCCUCUCCUUGUGGAAUUAUGGAGCUCGUAUACGCAGUCGCGAGUUUCAUUAUCCUCUUCACAUGGUGACUGCCCCUGAAAAACAUGAAGUUUGUGAACAGCUUUGGAAGCAGCAUACUGAAGAAAUGCAACUGAUUGAAGGCAAUAUUUUCAACAUAUGUGAUGAGAAAGUUACAUUCUCAUUCGUACCUGCUGGUGAUACUGCUUGGUUGUGUUGGGCUGGGAAUGUACUACCUGCAAGUGCAACUUAUCCUUCCCCUUUUUGUAACGUUCACAAAAGUCAGCUGCAACGAAUGGAUGGGUCGAUAGGCUAUGACUCCAAAUCAACGUGGCAGGUACCAAACUAUGAAAACCGCCAAAAGGAUCUGGAAAAACUACAGUGUUUUGAGAAGUCUCUACCUACUGGCAUUAAUAAAGACACCAAACAUAAAAAAUGCUUGGCUUUUAUGGCAGAAAAUGGCAUAAGGCAACUUGGAGAGCCAAGAAUUGGCAUAUUUGCAGACCGUAUGAAGCCAGAUCCCCUGCACCUUGAAAUAAACAAUUGGACCCACUGCCUUAAUGUUAUAUACCAAGAAGCUGUUCGGCGAAACAAAUUUAGGGAAUUCUCCACCAUAUUAAAAGCGCCUGUGAAAUGCAGCAAUGAUAAUGCAAUGAGUGGUUGUGGAAUGAGGUUUGUGGGGAAGAUGAUUGAGGAACAUUACGCAGAUGAGAAAAAAAGGUUGAAAACCCCUGAAGUUCGAUUAAUUGGUGCGCAAGCAAUUCUACUUGCACAAUAUGGGCACAGGUUAGUGGAUACGCUAAAGUUACAAAGUGAAAGCGAUGUACAAGCUGUGACAAGAUUAGCGCUUGCUCAAAUUGUGAUAUCACUGCGUGAUGUUGGAUCGUUGAUUAAUAAAGUUUAUAUCAAUAACGAAACCUAUCCAGAUGAUGUUUCAUUUUUCUGUAAAAAGUAUUUUAAUCUAUUUUCUCUGUUUUUUCCACUGAGGUGUAAUAUUACUGUGUGGACAAUGGGAUAUGUGGUACCUUUUCAUGCCAAAGAAAUUUUUAAUAACUUUCGAGUUGGUUAUGGAAUACUCAGUAUGCAAGGAAAGGAGUCGAAACAUUCUUCAAUUAAGCAAGAAUUAAAAUCCUGUAGCAAUCGAUCAACAGCUACAGAUGAGAAAGGAAAGUGGCAUCAAUUAAUGCGUUCAAGUUUUGUAAGAAAUUUUUACCUGCCAUAUCAUUUCCCACUGCCAUCAAAUUACCAUUCUCAUUAUCAGUCUCGUAAACCAGUUAUGGACAUUGAAGCUUGCCAUUGCUGCCGUCCUUUGGAGUCAGAAACAUUGUGCAGUGUUUGUAUUUCGUCACUUCCUCUGCUCGUUUGUGUCAAUCAAAAAUGUUUAACACAGGAAUUGGUUUUAAUAUUAAAGCCUAUUCAAUGUAGCAGUUGCUCUGAACGCUUCUCAGACAUUAACAUGUGUAAUCAACACCAAACAACACAUCAUCAAAAACAAACAGCCACAAACAAAAAUUUGGUUCCAAGAUCGAUGUCUGUUGGGCAACUUAAAGAAGAGUUAAAAUUACGCAAGAAGGCAGUAACUGGAAAAAAAGAAGAUUUGAUUCGUCGACUUGAAGGAACAUUAUAAACAUUAUUUUGUUUUUAAGUUAUUUGCAUUUAAAGAUUUUUAGAUUUAAUUAUGCUGCAUAAAUUAUGUCACAUUUAAGCAAAUUUUGAUAUUUUCUGUCAUCAAUAACUUUGGAUCUGUUAAAGGACAUUGAUUCAAACUAUAUUAUAGAG